CCUCAGGGAUGUUUAUGCAUUUACGGAAGACACUCCAAAAAUUAGUGUGAGAAAGAAAUCCUCUGAUGCAUCCAGAGUGGAAAGCAGUCCACUAAGUAAACCUCAGCCUCCCUCCAAGUCGGCUAAAAGACAUCAUCUUACAAAGGCGCCCAAGGCAAAUGAGAAGAAAAAGCUGUUCAGUGAUACGGACACAGACAACAUGACGGAGAUCAGCUGGUUAAACUCAGCCAACAGGAAACCCAAGCCCAAAGUGGCAGACUACAGCAGGCAGCCGGUUAAACCCAUCUUUCCACCAGCUGACACUGCAUUUAAAUCACCAUAUACGCCUUUGCCUUCGCCAAAACCAGUGAAAGAACAAAUCAAGCCAAAACGGAAGAGACAGAAGAAAAUGGCUGAACACGAGGAUAAAAGGCAGCCAAGCAUCAAUAAUAAGAAAACCACAGGACGACCGCAAAGAGCUGCAGCCUUGACCAGAACCUACAGAGAGACGUCUGACUCAGACGACCAGUCCAGUCUGUCAGAGAGUGAAAAAGCACCAGCCCCUAAGAAAAAGGCUGUUUGGCGAGCAGCAACGCUCCAUGAGACUGUCUCAGCCAAAGCCGCAGAACAGGGGGGAAUAAAACAGAAAACCUCUGUAGACAUAGCCAAACUACAAAAUGAGAAGAACGCACAGAAAAAGGCAGAUAAAGUCUUUGCAAAGAGUCUGGGAGGUCAGAGGAACGAUAAAGGCAAGAAGAUGUGUAGUCCAGAGCAUCUUGCAGCGAAGAAGACGUCAUCUGCUCAGGGGUCAGCCAGAAGGCAGAAGGAGUCUUGGGCAGCGAGAUUAUCUUCCACAUUCGCCUCGCCUCCCUCCGUUGAGAAGAUGAGAUCGGGCGAAAAGCUAAAAACCAACGUGAGAUCCGGCGCUACACCUCUCCGUUCUCUGUCCAUCUCUCCAAUCGAAGCCGACUCUUCUCCACUACAGCCUCUCAGUUCCCUCAAAGCCUCCUCUCUCUGUAAAACCCCAGGGAAUAAAGCUGCUGUGAAACAGCCAUCUCGCACCAUAACACCUGUUUCCACAACCUCAAGAGGCUCUAAACGGAUUCCACCUGCCGCACAGGUUGAGCCGAGUCCAGUCGACUCUCCAGACUUCCAGGAGGAGCAGAGAGGUGUCAAGAACAAAACCAGCCCAGCAUCGUUUGAAAGGAGGUCCAUCAUUUCUGUGACAAUGAGCCAAUCUUCCCACGUAUCUGUAAGCAACAAGUUAGAGAAAACACCAGCAAGCCAGAAAGGAAGUAAGGUUGAGGGACUAGAAUUUAAGUCAGGUCCAACGGCCAUCCUCAAGCAUCUCACCCUGAGCCACUCCGCUAGUCUUUCAGAGAGAGAUGAAAGUGAGGAGGACAAAGAGAAUAAGGCUCCUUCUCCCUCUCAGCUAGCUCUGAAAAUGAAGCCUAGAAAGCUGUUUGUGCCUACUAAUAAAUCCUUCACUCCUAAUAAAGGCUCCAAUGCUAAACCUCUGGUGAAGGAUCAGAGCAGUUCAGAGGAAGAAGAGGAGGACAUAGUCACAGAGAAUGGGAGAAGAAAGAGAAGUUACAGGGGAGGCCUGAAUAAAAGGGCCAAGGAAACGACUAUAUCCAUGGAGACACUGUCAUCCUGCACAAGGUCCAGCUACAGACAUGCCAGCGAGGAAGACACAAACCCGACCCAGCCUGCUCAGCAGGUGGGCUUUAUCUGCCAUCAGUUCAGCUCAGAGCUUAAGAGAAAGAUCAAGAAUCGCUGCAGGACAAUGGAUCUUUACACCAGGCAGACUUUGAAGACUUUAGGGCAGCACAUGUCAUCCGUCAGUGUCCAAGUGCACCAGUACAGUACUCAGAGGCUGGAGAAAGUCAAACAAGUCCUGUUGAGCGAAAUAGCAAACCUGGAGCAAGAUGACACUGUUUUGAGAAGCAUGGAGGAGGAAUUGACGACUUACUGGGGGAAUCAGACCUUGGCCUUCCAUGCUUACCAAGAGAAAGGAACCAAGAGAUUACAGGAGCUGAAAAGCGCUUUUCAGACCGACGUGUGUGAAAGUCUAGAGUAUGAGAAAGAGGUCUUCUCUGUGGAGAUGUCUUUGAUGAAGAAGAGCAUGAAGUCAGUUCAGGAGCGUUUCUUCAAAGAAAUACACGAGGAAGAGUUGACGAGUGUGAGAAGAGGUCUGCAAUCAUUGUUCUUCCCUGAUGCAUCGAGGUUCUGACCUGAGAGAAAAACAUCUACUGUUCUGAAACCCGUUUGUAAGCUUAGAGAUAUUACUGUUAUGUUCUUUUAAAAUAUUAUUACUCGAAAGGUUGAAUAUUUGCACUUUCUAGUCUCCUUGAAACAGUGGUUGCCUGUACAUAGUUUUUACAUAUUUGCUUGUGGUUUUUAAUAUGAAUAAUGAAUAGUUGUUUAAAGCAAACAAGUAAAUGUUGUAGGCAAUAUAAGAACAAACGCGUUUAUUUCUAACAUCGACUUUAGAUGUAUGUGCGCAGAAAUUAA